CUGACGUAAACAAAGCGUCUGCAAAGUUUACUGUGAAAGUGUUACAUUAUCCGUUUAUUUAACCACCAAGACGAAUAUAUUUCAAAGGAUUGGUAAAUAUACGUUUAUUUGCAACAAUAAAUACAACAUUUACGCCACUAUGACUUUUUAAAGAGGCGAAAAUAAGCAAGGUCUUUUAAUGUUUUAUGUUUUCGCGAUUUGUUUACUAGAGGCUAAUACACUUUAUUAUGUCCAGUAUUGGCCACAUAUGCUUUAGUACAGUAAACAUACGUAUUUAUAUCUAUAAUCGUAAUGAAAAAAACAGGUAUUUAUGAAAAAAAAUAAUAGAAAAACACGUUGCCUAAUAAGGAAUAUAACCAAAAAAUAAAUCUACGGAAGCGUUUUUGGGUCAUAAAUUUAAAAAUGGAAAAACUCUGCAAAUAGGCUAUUGCGUUUAUUUUUGACUGAAAGUAACGAAUAUAUAUUAUUAUUAUUCGAAAUAAUAUUUGUUUUUCGUUAAAUUGAUUAAGAAAAGAUAUUAUGAUUCAUUGUAAAGUUUUAAUUGUAGUGAAUUGUAACAUAGUAAACCCAUUUAUUUCUAUUUAAAACGAAAAAAAGUAAAUUUAUUUUAUUUAUUUUUUGUUCAUUUCAGGAAAUAUGGAAUGCGUAGCACGAUUAAUUAUAUUAGAAACACUGUUAAAGAGAAGCUGAUGAAACAGAUGUACAUUAUCUUUGAUUACUGCUGCUUACUGCUUUUUCUGGCGAUGAGCAUGAACACUGAGCAGCAAGCCUGUGUUAUUUGUAAAGUAAAAGAUGAAGGUCCUACUGCCAAGCUUGGUACAAAGGGGUGCAUGAGUUUAGUGACAGUUAGCAAGAAGAAAGGUGAUCUGCUAUGUGUUUCUCCGGGCCAGAUAGUACAUCUUGAGUGUAGGAGGGUCUACUGUCACCCAAACCAGCUUAGAACAUCAAAAGAAAGUCUGAUUUAA